AUGAGAUAUGAUUGUCUUGAUGAUGCUUUAAAAGCUGGAACUAAGCACGGAGAAAAUUGUACAUUGGCACUAACAGAAGGAGAUUCUACUAAGCAGUUUGCUCUAUGUGGACUUGAUAUAAUAGGUCAUGACUUUUGGGGUGUGUAUCCGCUAUGUGGAAAUCUUAUAAACGUUCGUGAGGCUUCAAUAGAACAUGUUAAUGGUAAUAAAGAAAUUAAAAAUAUUGAAAAAACACUUG